AUGCGGCUGCCCCAUUGGCUGCUGGCGCUGGCGGCGCUGCUGCUGGGCGCGCGCUACUCGUGGACGGCAUUGCUGCUUCUGCGCGGCUGCUGGUGGACGGCCACGAGGCUGCUGCAGCUCGGCGUGCUGCUCGUGGGCAGCGGCAGCUUCUGGUGGGUGCUGCGCUCGUACCAACUACAGAAGGAGCAGGAGCUGCUGGACCAGGCGCUGCUCAAGUUCAAGUACUACAACAGAUACCGCAGCCGCGUGGGCAGCGGCACCCACGGCGGCGCUGUGGGCCCGCUGGGCGGCGGUCCCAGGAGCAGCGGCAGCGCUGGAGGAGACUACGCGCUGUCUCCGCCGGCGUCGGGCGCCUACAUGACUGACGCCGGCUUCCAGCUGCGGGUGCUCAAGAGACUGCCCAUUGUGGCGCACUUGCGCACAUCAUGGAGCCUGCCGCCCGAGAUCUGCGACGAGAUCGCGGCGUUGGUGCAGCUCAUCGUGAAGGACUACGUCAACUUCUGGUUCCAGGCCAUCUCCCCCAACGAGGAGUUCCCAAACGACGUCAAGUUCCUGCUGGCCGACUUGCUGGGUGCAGUCGCGUCUCGCGUGCUGGAGAUUGACCCGUCGCAGGCCCUUACGAUGGUGGCCAAGAGCUUGGAGCUGCUGAGACUGCACUUGGGGUGGUUCCGAGAGGCCUACGCCCAGCUGGCGGACGAGUACCCGAGUGUCUUUGAAGGCGACGACAACGACGCGAAUCUGCUCAAGCGACAGGAGUACGUCACUUCGUUUGUGCAGAGGUCGCCGUUUGUCCAUCCUGGCUGCGUGGCUACAGGGACCCCGUCCUCACCGCAGGCGACAAAUGCGGAGGCGGCGUACCUCCGCCAUGUAGCGGUGCAGCUGCUAACUCAGUUGCGGCCUCAGCUCGGCCAGCAGCAUGACACGAACGUGUUCGUAUCCAUCGCCAUGAACUUGCUGCGUGAAAUCGUGGCGUUCAAGAUCCUCAAGCCCCUGUCAGAGUACUCGCAGCCGCGCUACGCCAAUGAGGUUGUAUUGGCAUGUCUUCAAGCGAUUGUCGACGAUAAAAACGACACAGGACCCAUAUCGCCGACGAUGUCGGGGUCAGGGAACGGAGUGGCAAUGAUGCCAACCUUGUCGCUGAACAAACUGCGAUCCACUUCCAGUUACUUGUACAAAGCCAGCAGACGCAGCGGCGAACAGGCGGAAGCAGCAUUCCAAGGGUUUAUUGAGGCGGUCGCGAGCGGUGUAUCAUCCGCUGCAGCAGGUGCAGCCGAGAUGGUGUUUGAAGGAGAGGACUGGACCGACUCCAACAAUCCGUUUGCGUUUGGUAGCGCUGUAUUUGCAGCCAGCUCGGGUGGAUCUACUGGCGAAAAGAAAGCGAUGCCGUCAAUUUUCAUGAUGGACGAUCGCCUCAACACGAACGUUGCCAAGGCGGCUAAAAUGAUGAACCCGCGUGGCUUGAUCCCUGGCGGGCUGCUGUCGCACAAGAUGACUGGCGAGAGUAGCCGAAUCAGUACGCACAUGGAUGAUCUCAAGAAUGCCAAGGCCAACAUCGGCACCAGCUUAAACACUUCCAUCGGUAAAGUGAAGAGGCGCUUCCGCAUGGAGCCCAUUUCAGCGCCUCCCCUCAAUGCGGGGGCAGCAGCGCGAAUGAUUCGGAAGCCGGGACAGCUUCUGCAGAAGGCAUGGAAGCGAGGCGAAUCUGGUGUCAGCUCUCCAACUUCUUCGUUUGACGACGGCGCAGUCACGCCCACGGGUGAUAGUCGAGGUCGCAGUAAUGCUCACACUAUGGGCUCGCUGAAUCCGCUAUUAAUCCCUAUGAGCGAUGACGAGGAAGAAGCGUCCGCGAGAACGGCAAGCGGGUCUAUUAAGAUGGCAGUGGUGCGGGAUCGCGUUGUUGUGCACUUGGAGAAGGCUGUGGCGAGCUACGUGAAAUUGUAUGACGAGUGUCCUGAGAUGAGGAAUUCAGCGCGGUCUCGAGAGUUGUACGAGCUCCUUUCGGCGAUGGAAGAUGUCUUUAUGCUGGGCUUUCGCAACCCUGACUCGAAGGCUCCAAUCUUGGAAGACGAUGUUGAACACAAAGAGCUAUCGACUCCUCCUUUAUCUCCAGUUGCUAAGCGGCGCUCCUCUGUACCAAUGCCGAAGCUUGAUCUGGAUUCCCCACGCCGCGACAGUAUGAGCACGGACAGAGGAAGCGAUUCGGAUGGAGAGGAUGAUGACAACCAGUAUUACUGGGACUAUCUUUCGCGAGACAGACUCGGAGCGGGACAGUAUAACGCUCAUUGGAGGUUUGUUGCGUCUCAGUGUCCGCAUUGCUGUCCGAGCGAAUCGCAUGUUUCGACACGUGGGGUUCAGUGGAUGCUGGUGGCCCUUGAGAAGGGGUUGCUAGGGUUCUUCUGCACGGAGUUGUAUGCACACAGCGACAUCACGGAGCUAUUCUACGAGGACUUUUGUCUUCUGAACGAUAGCAAACUCAUGGAAUCGUGGCGAGCUCAAGGUGCGACCUCUCCAAGUGCGCCAGUCCGUGUCUUGGAGCGAGUGUGGGAGAUCGAGCGCUACGUCCCCACAAAAGGAUGGGUGAAAGCUACCGACAAGCGAUGGCAGGAGCUGCCGUCGUCUGAGUGGAUCUGGGAAGACGAUUGGGCACUCGAAAAUACUGGAAAUGAUGCAGGAGAGUCGUCGGACAGUGAAACUCCGAAUUCUGCGUGGGAAUACGCAAAAACCUUUGAGGACACUUUCCACGGGAAGGAAAAGAAGUUUGAUUCAGUCAGGAGGCGGCGAUGGAUUCGUCGACGAUGUCAGCUCCCUCCGGUCUUGGCACUUCCUACUCCGCCUGUAUCUCCCAAUGGAUUUGGUGUAUCGUCUCCGUUGGCAUCGUCAACCGUUCCUAAUGGGCUGGGCAGAGCAAGGAAGUUGAAGCAGCGAUUUAACGCGUUGAAACGAGACAAGAAUUAUGAAAAGGGGACGACGGCGAAGUCGCUGUUGAGAAGACGAUCGAAGAGCUUCGACAAAGAUAUGCCCGACAGCCCCAUUAGGGACUCGUUGCUCGAGGCGGACGAUUUACAGCAAAUGUCCAGAACAGCGUCGGCGCUGAUGAAGGCUCGUGCAUCCAUUCCGUCGCUGCGGCGUGGUAUUUCAAACAGGAGCACAAAGUCCACCGCGACAGACUCGGGGCUAUCUACGAAGACUUCUGUGGACGACGAUCCAGCGGCUUUGUAUGAGAACGAUGACGAGGACGAAGAGAACCUGUGCUUCCGCUGCUUGAAGAUGCUUCCUGUGUCCAAGUCCGGGGCGGGAACUUGCCAUAGCUGUCAUCAGCGCGUGUGCGCUACGUGCCUGGAUUUCUACGCGUUCAUGGUGUAUCCUCCACCUCUCGAAACCUCCAAGAAAGCGCGCGUGUGCGGGAACUGUUACGACCGUCUUGUGAAGAAGUACAAGCUGCGGAUCGAUGCCCAUGUUGGCAAAUUCUUGGUCAAGGAGCGCGAACGCGAGUCGUCUGAGUCCUUCAGCUCGAGCUCCUCCAACAGACACCCUUCGAGCCCUCUGAGCCCCACCAUUAGCCGUGCAGGCAGCACCAAGUUCGAAAUAACGGUCAAGGUGAAGGACGACAACGCGUACGCCUGGAGUGUUAUAAAGACCUUCCACGACUUCGAAGUGCUGGAGAAGCAGUUAGCGGAUAAGCUUAAGAAGCAAGAGAAGAAGUGCGGGGUCGGGUGCCAGACGUGCCACUUGCGGGGUGUCGACUACAUGGAGAUGAACACCAUUAAGCCAUCACUGAAGACGGUGGCGGCGGCUACGAUGACGUACGAGAAGAGGCUGUACGUCCUGGAGCAGUUCUUGCAGCAGUUGCUGGCGUGCGAUACCCUGUGCCAGAGCUCGGUGGUGCAGAAGUUCCUGCUGCUUUCGAACGCUUACGGCACAUCGCUCGCCGCUGGCAACACUGCUGGUGGGAUGCUCGUGGAGAAUGGCAAGUGGAAGAAGGGCCGGUGGAUCGCGCCGGACGCCAACUCGAAGGAGACCAAGAUGCGCGUGCUGCAGAAGAUCGAGGUGAGCUUGUUUGCGAUGCUAGGUGAGGUGUUCGAGUUCGAUGGCAUUGGCAUGGUGCGUCGCCAGAUUUUCUCCAUGACGCGGUCUUUCAUCAAGGCCUUCCUGGGUGCUUCGCACUUCCGGAUGCUGGAGCGGCAGUUCCUCUCCUUCACGGACCCAAAGAAGCUCUCGGGUUGGAUCGGCGACCUGCGGCUGUACAUUUUCCCCGACCCAAGCGACAGCUACGUGCCGCCGCUUCCUGCGCCUGACAUGCGAGUCCUUCGCGAGGAGUGCCUCGCGGCAAUCGCGGCCAGCUUCCCGUCCAAGGCGGUCUCGCUCUUCGGCGACACGGCCUGCUCGAACGCAGCGCUCAAGCUGCACGAGUUCCUGCAGCACGAGGUGUUCGUGAAGAACCUGCUCUUCAGCAUCACGGACGAGCUACUGCUGCACCUGUUCCCGGAGUCCACCACGUUCAAGGGCAAGAAGGCGCCCGGAGGGACACCAGCGGCCCCGUCGCCCAUGUCUCCCUCUGCAAUUAAGGUGGCCACCACCAUCGCGCUGGAAGCCGUCGCUGCGUCGAUAGACGAUGACGCGGCCGCGGGCUUGUUGACGCCGCCCCUGUCCCCCGUCCCGUCAGUCCCCGUGGCAGCAGAGAAGAAGACCAAGGUCGUCAUCUAG